CCUUUUUGGUCACUGGGAUAAAAGAUCUAAGAAAAACACUCGUAGGAAGGGAAGGCUUACUUUGGCUCUCAGUUCCAGAGGUUUCGGUCCAUGGUUGUUGGCUGGCUCGUUGCAGCCUCUGAUCUAUGAGUAGUCUCAGGAGCCUUUUCUAACAUCACCUUUAUCACCAAAUGAAGCUCUGCUGCCGGGCGCUGGGCACUGUGCCAUCAGACACGACCCCUGAAGAAGGGCCCGCAGAAACACCCCAAGUGGGUCACCGGAAACAGCUCUGUCACUGGCCUUGCCAAUGUCCUCCACGGAAGCCCAGCUGUCCUCCUGGGGUGAGCUUGGUGAGGGAUGGCUGCGGAUGCUGCAAAGUCUGCGCCAAGCAACGGGGAGACUUGUGUAAUGAAGCCGACCUCUGCGACCCUCACAAAGGGCUGUACUGCGACUACUCGGCAGACAAGCCUAGGUACGAGACGGGAGUGUGUGCAUAUCUUGUGGCUGUUGGAUGUGAGUUCAACAGGGUCCAUUAUCAGAAUGGCCAAGUAUUUCAGCCCCACCCACUGUUCAGUUGCCUCUGUGUUGGUGGUGCAAUUGGAUGCACGCCCCUGUUCAUACCCAGGCUAGCUGGCAGUAACUGUUCUGCAGCUGAAGGCAUAAGAAGAGCUGGUACAACCAACUGUGGUCUGGGACCAUUGCAACAAGGGCGCUCUGCAGGCUACAGAGCAGUGCCAGCUUACAGGAAUCUCCCACUUACUUGGAAAAAGAAGUGCCUUGUGCAAGCAACAAAGUGGACUCCCUGCUCCAGAACGUGUGGAAUGGGAAUUUCUAACAGGGUAACCAAUGAAAACAGCAACUGUGAAAUGAGAAGAGAGAAGAGGCUAUGCUAUAUUCAGCCCUGCAACAGUAAUAUAGCAAAGACAGUGAAGAUCCCCAGAGGAAAAACAUGUCAACCCACUUUCCAACUCUCCAAAGCUGAGAAAUUCGUUUUUUCUGGAUGCUCAAGUACUCAGAGUUACAGACCGACUUUUUGUGGAAUAUGUCUGGACAAGAGAUGCUGUGUGCCCAACAAGUCUAAAAUGAUCACUGUUCAGUUCGACUGCCCCAGUGAAGGGUCCUUUCAGUGGCGGAUGCUCUGGGUCACAUCUUGUGUGUGUCAGAGAGACUGUAGAGAACCAGGAGACAUAUUUUCUGAGCUCAGGAUUCUAUAGAGCCAAAUAUAGGGAGGAAAGUUUAAGGCUAAGUCAUUCACGUCACGUAAUCAAAAAACCAAAGUAGCUACAAAGGAUGAAACAUUUAUCUAAUGGAUUUAAAGUAGCUAUAAGAGGAUGAAACACUUAUCUAAUGGAUUUAAAGCAGAAAGAGCCACUGGUUAUUCUUUGGUUGCUUUAUUUGUGACAUCAGACGUUUCUAAAAAAUAUUCUAAAACAGAAAGAACG